AUGUCUCGCCGAUCUCUUGAAUCCCAAAGGCCUAUUAUGGCUCCCAGCCUCACUUCGAAGCGUACCUCCAAACGCUACUCAACCUACUCCGCUUCUCCUUCCUUUGCCACCACAACCAGCACCUAUUCAAAUUCACACACUCUCGUUUCCGGCUCUGGCGCUGCGAAUAUCACAGUCAGCCCCGAAACCGGUAUGGCAGAGAUCCGCCAUCUCACACAGAGCCUGGACAGGCUGGAGAACAAGCGUUUGUCGCAGCAGCGCUUCGUGCCCUCGCAGAAGAAGACCGAUGAUCUGAGCAAACUGAGCUUAGGCGCAAAGGUGGAGCGCGCCUUGGGCAGGAGAAUGUCAGACCAGGAUGCUGUCCUUCGCGUAAAGAGACCCGUCGCGAAGAAGACUAGUCCAUUCGCCAUCAUUGAUGAAAAGUCAGCCCUCAAGAUAUGA